AUUGAAAUAUGUUGCUGCUGCCAUCAAAGAAACCUUGAGGAUGCAUCCUCCGGUACCAUUAUUGGUUCCAAGGGAGAAUAGUGAGGGAUGUGAAAUUAAUGGAUAUGAGAUACCUGCAAAAACUAAGAUUAUCAUUAAUGCUUGGGCAAUUGGAAGAGAUCCCAAAUACUGGAAUGAACCAGAAAAAUUUGUUCCGGAGAGAUUCCUUGAUACCAAAGUUGAUUACAAUCUCAAAGAUUCAAACUUUAAGUUUAUCCCAUUUGGUGCGGGAAGAAGAAUAUGCCCUGGAAUUACAUUUGCUACACCUGUCCUUGAAUUACUUAUUUCCAAUUUGCUUUAUCAUUUUGAUUGGAAACUUUCAAAUGGAAUGAAGCCUAAAGAAUUGGAUGUGGAAGAGUCUUUUGGUGCUACAAUGAGAAGGAAAAAUGACCUAUAUGUUGUUCCUUUUAAGUAUAGCCCUUAAUUAGUAAUUUCAAUUACCUGAAUAAAUGAUUGUAUCUCUGUCAUGGUUAUAUGGGGUUUACAAAUAAUAUAGUUAUUUUUUAAUUUCAA